AUGAACACUUUCAAGCAUGAGGCCUUCAUGUCUCUGAAGCACUUGAUUCUUGAAGCGGAAUAUCAGCGGAGGAUCAACACAAUCAAUGCAGGGGUCGCAUUCUGUGGCGUGGAGGAAGGGCGGCCCUCGCGCCGGCCCGCGGUCGAUGAUGACCCUUAUCCUCUGACCAAGCGGCAGAGGUGCUUGUUAAAGGAUAACACCGAGGUCCUCUUGCACCAAGCAAUGGAGUCUGUGCAGGCCAAGUUCACAGCUGAACAGCCUCAGGCUUGCUUUCAGCCUUGCAUUUGCUUUCUCUGCAUUGGGAAUCCUAGUUGCUCGCUGGAGAGCCGCAUUAAAAAAUACGCAACACCCGGAUCACUUACAAGGCAUUUUCUACGAAGGCAUAUCAACCCUCCAUGGCCGGCCACUGGGGUUGAGUGCAAUGUUUGUGAGGGGAAGGUGCUCCCGGCCAAAUCUGCUCUUCUCAACCAUGCAGAGGAGGCUCAUGGAACUGUUGUGCGGGGUCACACUCAGGAGAAACUGGCAUUAGAAUAUCAACAGAGCCUAGAGAACUAG